AUGCUUCGGCUGUCCGCCUCCCGCCGGUCGAUGCAGAACAUUCUGCACGACAUCCAAGCCGCGGUGGAGUCACGGUCCAUCAUGGCGACCUCGUCCUUUGCGCAGCGGCGCUCUUUCCUGGUCGCCCUCAGCGAGGAGUUGCACCGCAACAGUGAACACAUUAUCCGUGCGAACCGGCGCGACUGCGAUCUCUUCGGGCAGCAGCAGCAGCAGCGAGGCACGCCAUCCGUGACGAUACCGCCCACGCUGACGAGCACGAGUGCAGCGGCGAGUCUGCAGCCGUCCUCCUCGCUUCAUGGUUGGCACGCUGGGUAUCCGCCCUUUCUCGGUCCCCCGGGGCAUCGCGUAGGUGACGCACAGGGUGUCUCCGUGGCAGCGGGGAACCCUGCGACCACCACGCCCGUGCUGAAUGCCGCUGAAGGCUCUGGCGAGAGCUCACCACGUCGUCAGAAUUCGCUCGAGUACGUGGAGAGCGCAUCCCUGGCUGGAGGCGUGGACCAUAGCAACAGGGGCGGUACUGCCGCAGGUGGUCGUGUGGCAGCCACUCCAGAAGGUGCUGGCCCUGCUCUUGGCGAGACUGCAGCAGGGUCGCGAGCGACGAGCACCCCUGGCACUGCUGCUCCUGUCUCGCCGUCGUGGUGGACUUCCAGGGCGUCGUCAGCAUCGCUGCAACUGAUGCCGACCGCUGUAUCAGGCCAUGUCACUCGCACAGAGGCCGGUGGUGGAGGCGGGCAUCUUCUCAUCACCCCUGACAACCACUUCCUUAUAUCGCCUCUACGCCUCGACAAGCUGCACACAACCAUUGAAUACCUGCUCUGCCAGCCUGACCCCAUCGCCAUCCCGCCCUCUUGCUGGUUGCACGACCCCGCGGAGGGGGGCAGCGGCGCAGCGGCAAAUUCGCUACGCGGACAGGGCUCUUUAGGUGCGGCUCCUGGCCAUAACUCACCCCCGCUGCCAUCGGAGGGAGGGGCACACGCAGGUUGUGGUCGCUGCACGCGGCGAACCGACCGACUCGAGGUCUACGAGCUCUCUGUGCCGCUGGGCAUGGUUGGCAUCCUCUCCCGAUUCCGCCCACGCAUCAGCAUCGACGCGGUUGCCAUGGGCCUCUUUGCCGGCAACACCGUCCUCGUGGAUGGUGGGGUGUCGCUCUACUACACUAAUAUGGCCCUCAUGUCGUCAGUGAGGCGUGCGCUGACGACCGCCGGCCUGUCGCCGAGCGCAGUGGUGUGCGUGGAGAGCUACGACGCGGCCCACCACAGCACGAGCGAGUGGCUGCAGCUGUCCGACUACGUGGAUCUCGCUGUCGUGUGCGGACCGCCAAAGCUGUACCAGUUCGCCUCUCGUUACUCCACCAUCCCGCUGAUGCGCGCGACUGGGCAGUUUAGCAGCGUCUACGUGGACCAGAGCGCCUCCUUCGAGGUGGCGCUGGAGGUGAUCCUCAACUCCAAGUUUCAGAAGCUUGGCGCUGCCAACGCCGUAACAACGGUCAUCGUCCACAGCGACUUUCCGCGCUACACGGAGCUUCUGCUGGCCCUCGCUGCUGAAGGCGCCGUGCUGCUUGGCGAUGUCACCGCUCAAGAGCGCGUACCGGACUGCGUGCCGGAGCUCGCGAGUGAGGAGGAGUAUCAGGGUCUCUCUCAGUAUGGGCUGCGUGAUGCUACACGCACGCUGUGCGUCAAGACGGUGGACUCGCUCGCUCAGGCGCUCUUCUUCAUUGAGUCCUUCGGCUCCAAGCAGAGCGACUGCAUCGUGGCCACAGACCUAGAGGUGUGCGCCACGUACUGCCGGCAUGUCGACACGGCUGUCGCCCUGGUGAACGCCUCCACCCGCCUCUCCAGUGGCGUACCGCUCGGCUGCGGCGUCGACUUCGCCAUGUCCACCUCGAAGACUCACUGCCGCGGCCCACUGACGGUAGAGAUGAUGACGACGCGCAAACUUGUUGCUCGAAGUCCCAGCGCCCACCACGGCGCGCUGCGCUGA